CCCGACCCCCGCCGGCCGGCCCCCAGCCCCAGCCCCGGAGGGAGCUCAUGGGAGUAUGAAGGAGAUGGUAGGAGGCUGCUGCGUAUGUUCGGACGAGAGGGGCUGGGCCGAAAACCCGCUGGUCUACUGCGAUGGGCACGCGUGCAGCGUGGCCGUCCACCAAGCUUGCUAUGGCAUCGUCCAGGUGCCAACGGGACCCUGGUUCUGCAGGAAAUGUGAAUCUCAGGAGCGCGCAGCCAGGGUGAGGUGUGAGCUGUGCCCGCACAAAGAUGGGGCAUUGAAGAGGACUGACAAUGGAGGCUGGGCCCAUGUGGUGUGUGCCCUCUACAUCCCGGAGGUGCAGUUCGCCAACGUGCUCACGAUGGAGCCCAUCGUUCUGCAGUAUGUGCCUCAUGAUCGCUUCAACAAGACCUGUUACAUCUGUGAGGAACAGGGCCGGGAGAGCAAAGCCGCCUCGGGAGCCUGCAUGACCUGUAACCGUCACGGAUGCCGACAAGCUUUCCACGUCACCUGUGCCCAGAUGGCUGGCCUGCUGUGUGAAGAAGAAGUCCUGGAGGUGGACAACGUUAAGUACUGCGGCUACUGCAAAUACCACUUCAGCAAGAUGAAGACAUCCCGGCACUCCAGCGGGGGAGGAGGAGGCAGCGGCAGCGGCGGCAGCGGAGGAGGUGGCAGUGGUACCAGUGGUGGUGGAGGUGGCACAGGGGGAGGCAGCAGCAACAGCUUCCUUAGCGGCAGGAGAAGCCGGUCAGCCUCGCCAUCCACCCAGCCGGAGAAGCACCCUCCCCACCAUGAGAAGGGCCAGAAGAAGAGUCGAAAGGAUAAAGAACGCCUUAAACAGAAGCACAAGAAGCGGCCUGAGUCCCCCCCCAGCGCCCUCGCCCCGCCUGUGGUUCCCACUGCUGAUAAGGUCUCCUCAGCUACUUCUUCCUCCCACCAUGAGGCCAGCACUCAGGAGACCUCUGAGAGCAGCAGGGACUCAAAGGGGAGAAAGUCUUCCAGCCAUGGCCUGAGUCACAAGGACAGGAAACUGGGCCCUGGGAAAGGCUCAUCUCUGCAGAGCUCUCCCGACUUUGCAGCGUUCCCCAAGCUGGAGCAGCCGGAGGAGGACAAGUACCCCAAGCCUGCGGCCCCCACCCCACCGGCCCCUCCCUCGCCCACGGCCCCUGAGCCUCCAAAGGCUGACCUCUUUGAACAGAAAGUCGUCUUCUCUGGCUUUGGGCCCAUCAUGCGCUUCACCACUACCACCUCCAGCUCCAGCCGGGCCCGAGCCCCCUCACCUGGAGACUAUAAGUCCCCCCAUGUUACUGGGGCCGGGGCCUCAGCAGGCACCCAUAAACGGAUGCCUGCUCUGAGUGCCACCCUUGGACCUGCUGAGGAGGCCCCCGAGACGACCCUGAAGGAGAAGAAACACAAAGCCAGCAAGAGGAGCCGACAUGGGCCAGGCCGACCCAAGGGCAAUCGAGGCAAGGAGGGCGCUCCGGGCCCGACUGCCUCCCUCCCUGCGGCUCAGCUCGCCGGCUUUACUGCCACUGCGGCCUCGCCCUUCUCUGGGGGUUCCCUGGUCAGCUCUGGCCUUGGGGGUCUGGCCUCCCGUACCUUUGGGCCUUCAGGAAGCUUGCCCAGCUUGAGCCUAGAGUCAUCUCUGCUGGGGGCAGGCAUCUAUACCAGUAAUAAGGACCCCAUCUCUCAUGGGGGAGGGGUGCUGCGGGCUGUCUGCAGCACCCCUCUCUCUUCCAGCCUGCUGGGGCCCACAGGAACCUCAGCCUUGCCACGCCUCAGCCGGUCCCCGUUCACCAGCACCCUCGCAUCCUCUUCUGCUUCCAUUGCCACCACUCAGGUGUUUUCUCUGGCUGGCUCAACCUUCAGCCUCCCUUCAUCCCACAUCUUUGGAACCCCCAUGGGCACUGUUAACCCCCUCCUCACCCAAGCGGAGAGCAGCCACACAGAGCCAGAUCUGGAAGACUGCAGCUUCCGGUGUCAUGGGACCUCCCCCCAGGAGAGCCUCUCUUCCAUGUCUCCCAUCAGUAACCUCCCUGCGCUCUUCGACCAGACGACGUCAGCCCCCUGUGCGGGUGGCCAGUUAGACUCCACAGCCCCUGGGACAACCAACAUGGAGCAGCUGCUGGAGAAGCAGGGUGAUGGAGAGGCUGGUGUCAACAUUGUGGAGAUGCUGAAGGCCCUGCAUGCUCUGCAGAAGGAAAACCAGCGGCUGCAGGAGCAGAUCCUUAGCCUGACAGCUAAGAAGGAGCGACUACAGAUCCUCAAUGUGCAGCUCUCCGUUCCCUUCCCCGCCCUGCCUGCUGCCCUGCCGGCCACUAAUGGCCCUGUCCCGGGGCCCUAUGGACUGCUUCCUCAAGCCUGCAGCAGUGACUCCCUGAGCGUCAGCAAGAGCCCUCCCGGGAAGAACAGCCUUGGCCUGGACAACUCCCUGUCCACAUCUUCCGAGGACCCACACUCAGGCUGCCCGAGCCGCAGCAGCUCUUCGCUCUCCUUCCACAGCACGCCCCCACCGCUGCCCCUGCUCCAGCAGAGCCCCGCUACUCUGCCCUUGGCCCUGCCUGGGGCUCCUGCCCCACUCCCACCCCAGCCACAGAAUGGGCUGGGCCGGGCGCCUGGAGCAGCGGGGCUGGGAGCCAUGCCCAUGGCAGAGGGGCUGUUGGGUGGGCUGGCAGGCAGCGGGAGCCUGCCCCUCAAUGGGCUUCUGGGAGGGUUGAAUGGGGCUGCUGCUCCCAACCCCGCGGGCUUGAGCCAGGCUGGCGGGGCCCCCACGCUUCAACUGCCAGGUUGUCUCAACAGCCUGACAGAGCAGCAGAGACACCUCCUUCAGCAGCAAGAGCAGCAGCUGCAGCAGCUGCAGCAGCUCCUGGCCUCUCCACAGCUGACCCCAGAGCACCAGACUGUGCUCUACCAGAUGAUCCAGCAGAUUCAGCAGAAACGGGAGCUGCAGCGGCUGCAGAUGGCCGGGGGCUCUCAGUUGCCCAUGGCCAGUCUACUGGCUGGAAGCUCCACCCCUCUGCUGUCCGCGGGCACCCCUGGCCUGCUGCCCACAGCAUCAGCCCCACCCCUGCUGCCUGCUGGAGCCCUGGUGGCCCCUUCACUGGGCAGCAAUACGAGUCUCAUGGCUGCAGCGGCUGCGGCCGCGGCGGUGGCGGCGGCGGGCGGACCUCCAGUUCUCACUGCUCAGACCAACCCCUUUCUCAGCCUGCCUGGGGCAGACGCCAGUGGGAAUGGCCCCAAAGGAGGGACCGCUGACAAAGGAGCCUCAGCCAGCCAGGAAAAAGGCUAACUCCAUCCUGCCCCUGCUGAGCCUGCAUGGCUCGGGGUCCUCGUCUGGAGCGGGCAGCUGGGCCCAGACUCUGGAGAGCCGGGCCCAGGGCUUGUGCUGAUCUCCAGGAAGUGCAUGCCUGGCGUUCCAGGUGCACAUGGAGGAGAGAGACUGGAGGGAGCCCUUCACCUGGCCCACCCCUCACUGCACUGGUUGCUUCAGAGGGUCGGAAGGACAGGCUCCUAGCCUGCCUAGGAGACCUCAUCCUCCGCAGAUGCCUAGGGGCCCCCAAAGAGCAAAGUAGGUCUCGGCAUAAGAAAUGGAGGGUUGGUUGGACCUACCACAUAAACCAAUCAGCACUUGAAUGGGGAAGGUGAAGGAAGGGUGGACCCCAGACCUAUCCCUGUGUGGAGAUUUCUUCUGGAGAAAGGGCUGGUCCCACCUGACCUUCCGUUUCUUCCCAGCAGAAGGGAUCCAUCCCUUUGACUGUUUCUUAUCAUCCCUCCCCGCUGAGGGUCACAAGCUGAGCUUGGAAAAGCCUGCAGAUGUGGGGGGCUGAGGAAGGGCAGGAUAGCACCUCUUGGGGCCCCAUGAUGGGGCUGGCUGGGGGCCGCCCCUGCUGACCUGGGUGCCCUGCCCCUUUUUGCACUAUUGGCUUGAGGAGUGCCGAGGGUGGGGAGAGAGGGAGCUGCCUGACUCCACAGAUUGUGAGUGAGUGAGUGUGUGUGUGUGUGUGUG